UUUCUCCUCAUUAAGGAAGUUUGCUGGACACAGUUGAUGGAGACAAAUGUCUAAAAAGCAUGACUUGUUUACACGACUGACCACGGACGUAUUUAUUUGGUUGAUUUCCUUAGAAACUGCCUCUUUACAUUACCUUUUGUGGCUGAGUUCGGACACCCGAAUGGCUUUAUCCGGGCACCGGCUGCUGGGCUUGCUUUGCUCGGUCGUCGCGCUGUCGGGGCUCCGGAGCUCGGUGGUUGCAGCGGGGAGGAGCUGCGCCGACACCCGGCAGGUGUACGCGGAGAAGGGGUACAGCACCGGCACGGCACCGGUGACUCAAAUCUCAGGUGAGCACUUGAGGCUCUGUCCUCAGGACUACACCUGCUGCUCCAGUCAGAUGGAGGAGACCCUGGCCCUUCAGAGCGAGCGGGACUUCCUAAAAUCGGUGGAGGACCAGAGCCAGUUCCUGCUGACCACCUUCACCCAAAGGCAGCGGCGCUUUGACGAGUUCUUCACAGAGCUCAUAGACCUGUCGGAGAAGUCCAUGAACCAGAUGUUUACCAAGACCUACGGACGCCUCUUCACGCAGAACGCGCACGUCUUCCAGGAGCUGUUUGCAGAGCUUCGCAGAUAUUAUUCAGGAGGCAGUGUGAGUCUGACAGAGGUUCUGUCGGACUUCUGGUCCAGGUUGGUGGAGCGGGUCUUCACACUGGUCAACCCUCAAUAUCAGUUCAGUGACGACUACCUGGAGUGCGUCAGCAAACACGCCGAACAGCUGCAGCCCUUCGGAGAUAUGCCUCGCAAACUUCGCGUGCAGGUGUCCAGGGCUUUUAUUGCUGCAAGGGCGCUAUCUCAAGGCUUGGCAACUGGCCGAGAUAUUGUCAACAAAGCCACAAAGCUGACCCCAGACUCGGAAUGCGUGCGUGGCCUGAUGCGUCAGUGGUACUGCCCGCUUUGUCGAGGAAUGCCCUCGCUGCGUCCAUGCCGUGCCUUGUGCCUGAACGUGAUGAAAGGCUGCUUGGCUAACCAGGCCGACCUGGACACAGAAUGGGACUAUUUCAUCGACGCCCUCUACCAGGUUGCAGAGAAGUUGGAGGGGCCCUUCAACAUGGAGUUGGCGGCAGACUCCAUUUCCGUCAAAGUGUCUGAAGCCAUCAUGCACAUGCAAGAAAACAGCGUCAGCAUCUCCACCAAGGUGUUCCAAGGUUGUGGAAAUCCCAGAACUCUUCCGGGACGGUCCAAGCGCUCCCCCAAAGAGCCAGGUGGCAACAGGAGGCCUUUCCGCACCUACACCCCAGAGGAAAAACCCACCACUGCUGCAGGCACCAACCUGGACCGACUGGUUACCGAACUGAAAGAGCGUCUGCGGCCCAUGGGGAGCUUCUGGGUGUCCCUCCCACACACCAUCUGCAGCGAUGACAAAAUGGCUUCUGACGUCACCAACGAGGACCGCUGCUGGAACGGGCAGAGCCGUGGGAGGUAUCUUCCAGAGGUGACGGGCGACGGCCUGGCCAGUCAGAUCAACAACCCGGAGAUAGAGGUGGACCUCGGACGGCCGGAUGUGAGGACCAGGCAGCUGCUCAUGGAGCUGAGGGUGGUCACCAACAAGCUGAGACACGCACAGAGCGGACAGGACGUGGACUUUAUGGACAGCGACGAGGGCAGCGGUUCAGGGGGCGAAGACAUCAGAGAAAGAUACGACAACGACUGGCCGGGCUACGGUCCUCACUCUCCUCCUCACACCAAGCCCGCCACACCCCCGGCCUCCAACCCAAACAAGCCUCCUCGGGUGCGGGAGAGAAACAAUAAGAGGAACCGCAACCACGGGCGAGGGGUUAAUUCCGCCACGAGCCCCCUCCUUUGCUCCCCACUUCCUUUCAUACUGCUGCCUUUCGUGAUCAUGCCACAUCGAGCACCUUGGGGCUGAAGGAUGCUACUUUUGUUUAAACAAGCUACAACAACAACAAAAAAAAAACGGCACAAAAUAUGCGAAAUGAUGAUUGUAACACCAUUCGAAAAAAUUCCACAUGUGAAAUGUUCCGUCUUGAAAAGCAAUAUGCUGUGAUGCAGUUUUAACUUAUUUAUUGACUACUGUCUUUAUAUUUAUUUGGCAAUAUUUAUCCUACUCAGGAGUAUCUUCAAACAAGUGUUUCUGAUAUACAAACCCCAAAACCAGUGAAGUUGGCACAUUGUGUAAUUCGUAAAUAAAAACAAAAUACAAUGAUUUGAAAAUUCUUUUCAACUUAUAUUCAAUUGAAUAGACUGCAAAGAAAAGAUACGUAACGUUCCAACAGGUAAACUUUGUUAUUUUUUCCAAAUAUUACUUCAUUUGGAAUUUGAGGCCUGCAACAUGUUUCAAAAUAGCUAGCACAGGUGGCAAAAAAGACUGAGAACAUUGAGGAAUGCCCAUUAAACACUUAUUUGGAACAUCCCACAGGUGAAGAGGCUAAUUGGGAACAGGUGGGUGUCAUGAUUGGGUAUAAAAGCAGCUUCCAUGAGAUGCUCAGUCAUUCAGAAACAAGGAUGGGCUGAGGGUCAUCACUUUGUGAAGAAACGUGUGAGCAAAUUGUCCAACCAAGACCAACAUUUUUCAACCAGCUAUUGCAAGGAAUUUAGGGAUUUCACUAUCUACGGUCCGUAACAUCAUCAAAAGGUUCAGAGACUCCGGAGAAAUCCCUGCAUGUAAGCGAUGAUAUUACGGACCUUGGAUCCCUCAGGUGGUACUACAUCAAAAACCGACAUCAGUGUGUAAAGGGUAUCACCACAUGGGCUCAGGAACACUUCAGAAAACCACUGUCAGUAACUACACCUGGCCGCUACAUCUGUAAGUGCAAGUUAAAACUCUACUAUGCAAAGCCAAAGCCAUUUUGUGGGUUCUUCCGAGGAUGUUGUAGUCGUAAUGAUUUGUGCAGUCCUUUGAGACAUUUGUGAUUUGGGGCUAUAUAAAUAAACAUUGAUUGAUUGAUUGAUUGAUUUAUCAACAACACCAAGAAACGCUGCCGGCUUCGCUGGGCCUGAGCUCAUCUAAGAUGGACUGAUGCCAAGUGUAAAAGUGUUCUGUGGUCUGACGAGUCCACAUUUCAAAUUGUUUUUGGAAACUGUGGACGUUGUGUCCUCCGGAACAAAGAGGAAAAGAACCAUCCGGUUUGUUAUAGGCGCAAAGUUUAAAAGCCAGCAUCUGUGAUGGUAUGGGGGUGUAUUAGUGCCCAAGGCAUGGGUAACUUACACAUCUGUGAAAGCACCAUUAACGCUGAAAGGUACAUACAGGUUUUGGAGCAACAUAUGCUGCCAUCCGAGCUAUGUCUUUUUCAUGGGCGCCCCUGCUUAUUUCAGCAAGACAAUGCCAAGCCACGUAUUACAACAGCGUGGCUUCAUAGUAAAAGAGUGCCUGUAGUUCGGACCUCUCUCCCAUUGAAAAUUUUUGCCGCAAUAUGAAACCUAAGAUAGGACAACGGAGACCCAGGACUGUUGAACAACUUAAGCUUUACAUCAAUCAAAAAUGGGAAAGAAUUCCACCUGAAAAGCUUCAAAAAUCAUUUCCCAAACGUUUAUUGAGUGUUUUUAAAAGGAAAAGCCAUGUAACACAGUGGUAAAAUGUCCCCGUGCCAACUUUUUUGCAGUGUUGUUGCCAUUAAAUUCAAAGUUAAUGAUUAUUUGCAAAAAUAAAUUAACUUUCUUAAAUCAAACAUUAAAUAUCUUGUGUUUCCAGUCUAUUCAAUUGAAUAGAAGUUGAAAAGGAUUAGCAAAUGAUUUUAUUCUGUUUUUAUUUACCAUUUACACAACGUGCCAACUUCACUAAUUUGGGGUUUUGUAGAUUAUUACCCCCUGAUAAACACAUAAUUGGAAUAUUGUGUUUGCAUCCCUUUUUAUAUCAAGUAAAAAUGGUCAGUAUUUAUAUAUAUUGUGUGCUGCUUUUCUACGUAUUUUUUCUAAAAGCAAGAAAGAAAAAAAAGAUGUAGUGUCGGAUUGAAUGUUUUUGACAAUGACUCGUAUGUGUCCCAAGAUGCUGAAUGGUUUUAUGAAGAAAAAAGGAAAUUUGAAUGUAAACAUGAUAACCCCCCCCCCAAAAAAAGAAAACAACAAUGACAACGGAGGGGGAAGAAUGUAUUGAUGAUUUUAAGUUUGAAAUAAUGCGGUAUUUUUUUCCUGUACAACACGACAUUUUGGUCCAUUUGUGUAAAUAACAAAGCGAACAAAAAAAUAGAUGCAGAAUGGUUUAAGUGUUGUGGUUUUGUGUCUUUCCAAUCGAUCAGCAUUGAAACGAGCUGCAGUAUUUCCGGAACGCGUCGGGUGAACGGUGAAAAGAGCGCGAUACGUGUUGCUGAUGAACCAGUGAUAUUUUCUGCCUCAUUAAAGCAAAUGAACACACCAAUUGUUUGCCGUUUGUCAUUCUCUGUUGGCCAAACA